UAAAGAUGGCGACGCUCAGUAAACGAUCAUGCCUGAAGUUUCUGCUACAUCUGGCCCAAGAUAAUCUGGAUUUCAGAUUACCGGAGAUCAAGGCUUUACUGGCUGUCAGAGGAAAACCAUUCCAUCCUGAUGAAAACUUCAAAGAAAAGUCUCCUUUCUGGUGUCUGGAUGGCUUGUGUGAGGAUGAUGUUCGUGCCAUCAUGGCCAGAUCGGUUUGUGCAAAGUCUGCCUUUGAAUUAUGGGGCCACGGAGAGACACACAGUGAUCUCCAAACGUCUCUCCUAAACUAUCCAUUAGAGAAUAUGUCACCAUUCAUGCACAAGGACUCCACGUACAGAAUCAAUGUCUACACCUUCAACAAGACCCUGGAGUUUACUGACAGAAUCAAAAGGAUUGAUGCUUUGGAGUAUCUUCCAUUUGAGGGCACAGUGAGUCUGAAGAGAGCACAGCACAUUUUCUGUUUACUGGAGGAUUACGGCACUGACCCCAACAACAUCCCUGACAAUCCAUACUACGUUUACUUUGGUCGAUGGAUAGCGGACGGUCAGCGUGAGUUGAUCCGCUCCCACAGUGUGAAGAAUAGACACUUCAUUGGAAACACCAGCAUGGAUGCUGGCCUCUCAUUUAUCAUGGCAAACCAUGCUAAGGUCAAAGAGAAUGACGUUGUUUUUGACCCAUUUGUUGGCACAGGGAGCCUUUUGGUUGCAUGUUCUCAUUUUGGAGCCUAUGUCUGUGGAAUAGAUAUUGAUUACAACACUAUCCAUGGCAGAGGUCGGUCAAGCCGUAAAAACCAGAAGUGGCGAGGACCUGAUGAGAAUAUCCGAGCCAACCUCCGUCAAUAUGGAACAGAGAAGAUGUAUUUGGAUGUCAUGGUGUCUGAUGCGUCCAAGUCUGUGUGGAGAAACGCUGCUCUGUUUGAUGCCAUCAUUACUGAUCCUCCAUAUGGCAUCCGUGAGUCCACAAGGCGGACAGGUUCUCACAAAGACAUCCCCAGACCCCCUGAUGCCAUCUAUCUAGAGUCUCACGUCCCUGUCUCACUGGCGUACCACCUUAAUGACAUCUUCACAGAUCUGUUAAACUUCUCUGCCCAUCACCUGGUCAUGGGCGGGAGGCUCGUAUAUUGGCUGCCGGUCUACAGGCCAGAAUACAGUGAGGAGAUGGUCCCUCUUCAUCCGUGUCUUCAGCUCGUCAGCAACUGUGAACAGACACUCUCCAGCCACACGGCACGACGCCUGAUCACCAUGGAGAAGAUCAAGGAGCCACAGCCCGGUCUGCAGCUACAAAGAGACAAUGACUACACAGAGAGUGAUGACCUGAUCGUUGAGGAGAUCCCCUCUGGACAGGUGAACCAGAUACUGGCUGAGUUUAUCUCCAGAGAUGCCUCCACGUUGAUCCAUCAAUCAACCAGACUCUACCAGGGCCCUCAUCAGCUUUGUGCUUGCUAUCAUAGCUCCCCACACACACAUACAGUGUUACACACAUACAGUGUUAAAAAACAGAUGUUAUCUGUACACUUUGUAACUUUAUUUGUACCAUUUAUCUUUGAGAGAACAGAGAAUAUUACUAGUUACUGUGAAAUGAGCUGCCUGCCUGUGUGGAGAGGAUGUGGUUGCAAUGUGUAGACAUCUUUUCUUUAAGAAAUUAAACAACUUACCAGAACAUUCCCCAAAGAAACUGAACCGAGGAUAUACACGACCACUACAUUAGGAGCAGCAUAAGGCAUUUAGAUAUGCAGACAUGGUGAAGACGAACUGCUGAAGUUCAAAAGGUGAUUCAACUGGCCUCGAAUGUGUCAGAUGGGCUGAUCUUUGUAUAUGAUAGCUGUUUUCAACAGUUGAUCAACUAGUUUCAUCUCCAGUGUGUACAGAGAAUAUAUACUGUAUAUAAAAAAAGAAAAUAUCCAGUGAGCAGCAGAUCUCUCGGCAAAAGUGUCAUAUUGAUCCCAGACGUCAGAGGAGCAUGGCCAGAGGUUUAAAAUGAUAGAAAGGAAAGAGCAAUUUGCAACAUGCAGAAGAUCAUCUCAGAUUGCACAACACAUUGAACCUUGCAGCAGAAGAUACUUAAUUUGGUGUGCACCUAAUAAAGUAGUCAAUGAAUACAACUUUAACUGGUGGGGUCACACAAUCUGCAUUGUGUGACAGAAUGUGUUGAAAACAGACAAAAAACACCAGUCAGAUUACACCACGCCAGUCAUGUGGAGCCCCUAAACAAAUGAAAUAAAAAAAUAUGUUUACAUGUAGCAAGAAAACAGCACUGAUUAG